CCCAAUUACCAUUCACCCCACAUUCUCCCAUUGUACGGUACCGCAAAAAAGUUCAUCAAAAGAGAGAGAGAGAGAGACAACAAUGGCGUUGCUUUGAGAGGAAGGGAAUGGGAAUUGGAAGCGCGAACAAGCUCGUAUAGCGGUGAAAGUGGAUAGGGAUAAGCCGGAGAGACGAAGGGAUGAAGGUCUACGCCGGCGCAGUGCCGCCGGGGAAGCGUCGGUGGCGAGUUCCCGCGCUCUUGAUCUUCGCACUCGUUAUCGUCUCCCUUUGCCUCCCCCUUGCCCUCCUUCUUGGUUAUCUCAAUCAUUUCCCUUAUGGGUACUUGGUGGAUGAGCGGCCGUCGUCGGUAUCGGCCUUUGGGAGCUACGGGCAUCUUGAGGGUGAUAGUGAUGGCGUUUCAGGCAAUUAUGGUGAGGGCUUGGAUGCAUUCACUGAUACCAGGGAACAAUUCGAGCAACAAAAAAAGAAAAAUAUUCCCCAAGUUCAACAGAAGGAUGUCCUAUCUAAUUCUGAUACCAAAGAGAACUCCUACAAUGGGCAAAGGGAUAUCAUCUCUCAGCCAAAAGGACCACUUCAUCAAGCAGUAGCUGGUGUGAAACCAGAUCCAGUUCCAAAUGUAACUAAUUCUAAUGAAGCCGUGAAGGAUAAUGCUGCUAAUGGUGUGAGUAACACUGAAAAUGGCAAAUCCUGUCAGCUUGAGUUUGGAAGCUACUGCCUUUGGUCCUUAGAACAUAAAGAAGUGAUGUUGGAUGCAGUAGUGAAGAGACUCAAAGAUCAGGUUUUCAUGGCCAGGGCUUACUAUCCAAGCAUCGCAAAGUUUCCAAGACAAGAUGCUUUAUCACGUGAGCUCAAGCAGAGUAUUCAAGAUCAUGAACACAUUCUUAGUGAAGCUAUUGUUGACGCAGAUUUGCCACCACUUGUUGAACAGAAAAUACAGAAAAUGGGUCAGGUCAUUGAAAAAGCUAAAUCUUGUGCUGUAGAUUGCCAUAACAUUGACAAGAAACUCAGACAGUUAGUUGACCUGACUGAGGACGAAGCUCAUUUUCAUAUGGAACAGAGUGCUUUCUUGUAUCAUCUUGGUGUUCAGACCAUGCCUAAAAGUCAUCACUGCUUGUCAAUGAGAUUGACUGUGGAAUAUUUCAAAUCCCUCCCAGUCGACCUAGAUCAGUCACACGCUCAAAAAAUUGGCAAUCCGUUGUUGAGACACCAUGUAAUAUUUUCCAGAAGCAUACUUGCGGCAUCUGUUGUUAUAAAUUCAACUGUCAUGAAUUCUGAGGAAACAGGGGGCAUGGUUUUUCAUUUACUGACAGAUGUACAGAAUUACUACUCUAUGAAGAUCUGGUUUGCUAGAAAUUCUUACAGGGAGGCAACUAUCCAUGUUUUGAAUUUUGAUGAACUUGAUCACUCUUAUACAUUUGGCACACCGUUAUCACUGCCCGAGGAAUAUCGUGUUUCCAUUCGUAACAAUGACCAACCACCUGUACAGAUUAGAACAGAGUACCUUUCGGUAUUUGGUAGGUCCCAUUUUCUUCUGCCAGAAAUAUUCAAACAUCUGAAGAAGGUGGUGGUUUUGGAUGAUGAUGUGGUUGUCCAACGAGAUCUGUCAUCCUUAUGGAACCUUGACUUGGAAGGUAAAGUGAUCGGUGCUGUCGAAUUCUGUGGUGUGAGAUUGGAUCAACUUAGAUCUUAUUUGAGAACCAACCAAUAUGUUGGGAGCUCGUGUGCUUGGAUGUCCGGGCUGAACAUUGUUGACUUGGACAAGUGGAGGCAGCAUAAUGUCAGUGAAACCUACCAAAGCAUCCUCCAAAAGUCGCCAAGCAUGAAUGAAGCAUCAAGAAGGGCUGCUGCGCUACCCAUUAGCCUGCUUGCAUUUCAGGAUCUUAUACAUCCUCUAGACUAUUCAUGGACUCUGUCUGGACUUGGUCAUACUUACAGAGUCAGCCAAGAUACCAUAGAGAAUGCUGCAACUUUGCAUUACAACGGUAACAUGAAACCCUGGCUCGAACUCGGUAUACCAAACUACAAAACCUACUGGCGAAAGUACCUUACAAAAGAUGAACGGUUCAUGGACGAAUGCAAUGUGAGUGCGUAGUUGCGAACAGCCUCACAUGUGUGACUCUGAAACAUUAUAACUGGACCGAAGGGAGUGAUUGGAUAAUACAUUUUGUUUAUCAAGCUUGUUGAAAACAAGUAGCUUCACACCGGAUUGGGCUUCAAAUAGUUCGACAAGAUUAGCUGUUUAUCUUGGAUGACAGGUCUUUUAAUCAAUCAAUAAAAGUCAGGAGAUGCAGAGCUAAAUAGAAGUAGCUAAAGAUCAUGAACCAGGCUAUGGCAGGUAAAACGAAAAA